AUGUCUCAGCUCGCCAAGGCCUACAGUCUCACUGAUGUCAAUGACACCCGGACUCUCUAUGAUGAGUGGGCUGCCAACUACGACUUGGAACUUACAAGCAAGGAGCAGGACUAUGUCGGCCCAAUUGUCGCUGUUGCCCAUGUUCUGAAGGACCUAGGUGUCACCAGCCUUGCUCCCGAGACUCAAAUCUUGGAUGCUGGCUGUGGCACUGGUCUUGUCGGCACUCACCUUGCCCAAGUCGGUGGUAAGAAGAUUGACGGUGUUGAUCUGAGCCCAGGGAUGCUCAAGGAAGCUGCCAAGACUGGUGCCUACCGUGACCUCCAGACGGCAGAUCUCACCCGUCCUCUUGCUUUUGAGGACAACAAGUAUGAUGUUCUUGUCUGCGUGGGUACAUUCACCCAAGCUCAUGUCGGGCCUGUCGCCCUUGAUGAAUUUGUCCGCGUUACCAAGCCCGGCGGCAGCAUUGUCGCCACUGUCCUUGGCUCCAUCUUCGAGAGCGGCGGUUACGCUGCCAAGAUUGAGAGCCUCGAGAACCAGGGCAAGGUGAAGCUUGUGAGCGCCGAGAUGGAGGACUAUCGUCGUGGUCCUGGGGUAAGAGCUCGCAUGGUUGUGCUCAAGGUGCUGUCGUGA